GGGGGAAAGAGGGGAGGGAAUUAGAGGAGGAGGAGUAGGUUAGCAGCGGCAGCGACGGCUUCGCUGGGGCUGGUACGCGCUGGGCUGCGAGAGCCUCAUGGCGGAGGAAGAGAGCGACCAGGAGGCCGAGCGCCUUGGGGAAGAACUCGAGGCUAUCGUGGACUCCCCUCCGGGUUCCGUCGCAUUCGGAGCCGGGGCUGGUGGCGAUGGAGGAGGCGGCUGCGGCGUUGGAAGCAGCAGCAGCAGGAUCAGCAGCCGGGAUUACUGCCGCCGCUUCUGUCAGGUGGUUGAAGAUUAUGCUGGAAGAUGGCAGGUUCCUUUGCCACAGCUUCAAGUUCUUCAGACAGCACUUUGUUGUUUUACAACGGCCAGUGUAUCAUUCCCAACUGAAUGUGAGCACGUACAAUAUGUUUUGAGUAGCCUAGCUUUGAGUUUCUUUGAGCUGCUGCUGUUCUUUGGAAAAGAUGAAUUUUAUGAAGAGCCAUUAAAGGAUAUUCUAGGUUCAAUCCAGGAAUGUCAAAACCACCUCAGCAGAUAUAGAAAUGUGAAUCUGGAACUGGUAACUCGAAUUAUUAGAGAUGGUGGGCCAUGGGAAGAUCCAGUGUUGCAAGCAGUUCUUAAGGCCAAGCCAACAUCUCAGGAUAUAGUUAACAAAUAUUUGAGCUCUGAAAACCCACUGUUCUUUGAACUGCGUGCCAGAUACCUUAUUGCUUGUGAACGUAUACCAGAGGCAAUGGCUCUUAUCAAAUGUUGCAUAAAUCACCCAGAUAUCAGUAAAGACUUGUACUUCCAUCAAGCAUUCUUCACAUGUCUAUAUAUGUCACCAUUAGAAGAUCAACUAUUUCAGGAGCAUGUAUUGAGAACUGAUUGUAAGAAUGGAAUUGAUAUCAUCUGUAACACCGAAAAAGAAGGCAAGACCACAUUAGCCUUGCAGCUCUGUGAAUCAUUCCUAAUUCCACAGCUCCAGAAUGGGGACAUGUAUUGUAUUUGGGACUUGAUUUUCAUAUGGAGUAAACUGCAACUUAAAUCUAAUCCUUCAAAGCAAGUUUUUGUAGACCAAUGCUACCAGCUUUUAAGGACAGCAACUAAUGUGAGAGUCAUUUUUCCUUUCAUGAAAAUAAUAAAAGAUGAGGUUGAAGUAGAAGGCUUACAAAUUUGUGUUGAAAUAUGUGGAUGUGCUCUACAACUGGACCUUCAGGAUGAUCCAAACACUAAAUGUCUAAUUUAUAAAACAAUUGCUCAUUUUUUGCCAAAUGACUUGGAGAUUCUCAGGAUUUGUGCACUCUCAGUAUUUUUUCUUGAGCGCUCCUUAGAAUCCUAUUAUACUGUUGAACGGCUCUAUAAACAUCCAGAUGAAGAAUACAAUGAAUGCACUAGUUCUGUUCAGAAUCGUGUUCGUUUUGAAUUGCUCCCAAUU